AUGAGGCCGUCGUCAAGAGCAUUCGGCCCAUCCGGCCUAUUUUCAAUUCCAUCGAGGAUAUCAUCGAUAUCAACCUCCGCCGCACGAUGCUUUUCCACAACCUCCCCGACAUCCAACUGGUUGGUCCCCAAGGCGGCUGAGAAGAGUAAAUCGUCAAAAGGCCGACCUCAUAUGGCAACGGGUGGAUCUUCUCGCGGUACAACAGUUGUUUGGGGAGAUUACGGACUGCGGAUGGUCGACCAUGAUCGAAGAAUGCCCGCCUCGUCGUUGAAGAUUGGAUUCGAAGCGAUUCAGAGACGUCUGAGAGGGAUGAAUUAUAAGCUAUACCCACGAGUCAGCGCCAACAUAGGUGUUUAUACGAGUGGUAACGAAAUGCGAAUGGGAAAAGGAAAGGGUAAAUUUGAUUAUUGGGCUGCGAGAGUCGGAGUUAGUCGAGUUAUUUUCGAAUUAAAGGGCGAUAUACACGAGAAAGUCGCCAGGGAGGCAUUCAGGCUAGCUGCUCACAAGAUGCCCGGAAUGUACGAGUUCGUCAAGAAAGGCGACCCGCCUGUUGUUGGAAUUACCAAGUUAAAAGACGGCGUUACUUUAGAGUCUCUGAAGAGGCCACGACGAGCGGUUCCACUCAACUCAAAACCAACGACGACGUCAGAAUCGGCUCCUUUUUCAUAA